AUGCCUCGCACCGCUCGUACAUCUUCUGCUCGCGAUGCUGCAGAGUGGGAAGCGAAAGACGUCACAGCCAUCCUGAACGAGGAGGCUGCCAACUCGACACGAAGUUCUCCUAGAAAAAGGAAAAGAGAAUCUCCUGGUGGGCCCCAUGCGAUAGGUCCAUGGAACAAGCGGAUUCAACUUGACGAGCCUCCUGUACCUGUCUCUGACGCGGCCAUCGCAGCAACUACAAGUCCCUCCCGACGCCAGUCCCGGAGGCUUCAAGCUCGGAAGUCGCUUUCAGCACCCAACCGUGUCAACGACCCGGGACUGGAAGCUGUGACGAAAGCGCCUUUGAAACGGGUCAAGAAGCUUAGAUCGCUCAACAAACGGCCACAAGAGACAGCGUCGCCUUUCAAGGGCAAGGGGAUACUAGAGACUAAGACAAAUGCGCUGGUAAACUUGGACGAUUCGCCUAGAAAGCGGCCGGUGAGGAAUCGAAUUGAGAAGAUUGGUCGAUCUCUUCACAAAGGUCCCCGCCUUACAAACAAGCCAAAAGCAAGAAGUGCAACUACGGGUAGAGAGGCGUUCGACGGUGAGGAUAUCUUCGAAGCUUCCCAGAGAGAAAACCUGGGGCGGAACUCACCAGAACUUGGUCGACCUUUUGCUGAAGAAGUUCCUCCAAAUGAAGAGGUUCCGACCAAAUCUUCGAAGCAGUCGUCCUCUAAAUUUCGACAUCCUGCCGAACCAACGAGAGAAGUUGGCGACGAGAUCGAGCAAAACCUGCACCCACUUGCUGAAGCUGCAAGGCAAAUACCGGCUGAGGAGACAUCAGAAGCUUAUCUCGACGACAACGUAGUCGAAGAAAGCCACGGGGAGGCAGAAGACAACGCGGCAAAUGAAGAACAUACUGAACGUGCAGAGAAACAUACUCAGCGGCCGCGGACCCAGGCUGAAAAGAAUGCCGUGGAGCAGACGGCGGCGGAAGCAGAAGUCAAACGGAAACAGAUGAUCAAAGAUGCGUUGUCUGAUAUCGAGAUAGCUGUGCAAGUUUAUAACUGCAAGGAUGCUUGGACAGACUCCCUUAUCGCUGCCGCCGAAAUUUCCGAGAGCCGCGCUUCCUCUGGACCAGAGUCGAUCAAGGGCAAAGCUUGUGCGCGUGAAUUCAAAAAGAUGGCGCAAAUUUAUAAGAAGCUCGAUCGUGAAAAUCCUUGGUAUCCUCGAGGUCUGAAUCACGAAGAACGGGGGACUCUGGGCCUGUUGCAGCGACGUUGCAAACAUAUCUGUGACUACCGUUACAGACCCGAUAUGCGCUUCGACCUCGAGCGGAAAAGGAUGGUUCGUGAUUUAUAUGAGCACUUGAUUCCUAGUUCGCUCGAACUAGCCAAACGGGCACUGAAGGCGUGGUUUCGGAACGAUAAGCUCAGCACGAUGGCUCUGAGAGAAAUCUGCCAGCUCCUAAAAAUAACAGCCAUUCUAGUGAAAAGCGCCCGUGAUUGGAAGCCGAGACCUGAGCUUGGGAACGCAGUCAAGAGCAAGACGAAAUCGGACAUCACGCCCAACGUUGAAACCAUCGUGGAGAAGUAUUGCCGUGCGAUCGACGAGGAUGAACGGGAGAGAUUCGUCGACGAGCUUGAACUCCGACAGAAGCAGAACUUGGAGAGACAACUAGCUGAAUACGAGCGGAGAAGAGAGGCUGUUCGAGCAAAACAUCGACAAUAUCGCUCUCCAGAUUAUCAGGACGAUGCAGUGAUCCCCGGCCGGUCGGUUUCCAGCUCACAACUCAACUUGGUUGAUAUUGACAACAUUCCCGUGGGCGACGAACAGGUUGUGCCAGAGGCUCACCACGACGAAGAAACUGGCCAUGUCGGUGGCUCGGUCGUGCGCACCAGACCAAGAAUAAGACGACAACCCACGGAAGACAUUCCUCCUCCGGACGAGACGCAAUGGGGUCAAAACGAAUUGAUUAUGUUGGUCAAUGCUCUGCAAGAAUUCACAGGUGAGUCGAGGUGGGAGGACAUCAUUGACGAAUACGGCGGACCUCGAGGAGUACUGCAGAGAUACGACAUGGACCAGAUCAUGGCAAAGGCUAGAUGGGUAAAGCAGACGAUGGCGAGGCGGCUGGAGGAGGAGUUGGACGAGUCCUGGGAUUGGUUGAGGAGUGUUCCGGAUUGA